AUGUCAGCAUUGCCUUUUGAAAUCACAGAAGACACUACUCGUGGUACUACUCAGGAUGCAACGUAUAGCGAGGCUUCCCUACAAAAUAGGUUCCUGACGCUGGUGUCAGGACUAAGCCUCACCGGAACGUUCGGUAUAUCGGAACCAAUGAAGGAGGACGAACAUGACACGUUACCAACACUCCGGCAUUCGGAACGCAUUCCAAGUGGCGCGUCGGGCACAGCGUCAUGGUCAGCUCGGCGGCGGUUCAAACCUGCGUACCCCUUUGCUAAACUGACACUUCCGGUGGAACCUUGGGACAUGGUGCUCGACUGCAUUUUCGGUGCUGAGACCAAGGAGCUUCUCAAGCUCUCACUCGUCUGUCGGCACUGGUGGACUAUGUGCAGGCCCUAUCUGGUGCGGAACAUCGUGUUCAACAACCGAGGCGACGUGCUCCGUGAAUACCGGACAAGACGUCGUGACUGGGCGGGGCCGCGCUAUGUGACCAUCAGAGGCGCAGAGAAAACGAGGUCGCUCGGCCACUUCGGAUUUGUGGCAGCCCUGUUUGGUUAUGUAUGGCAGAGCGGAUUCCGAGUAAAGACGCUUGCUCUCGCACAAGUAAGCACGACGUCUGUCCCUACCUCGAUGCCCAACCACGGAACUGUUGUGCCCAAAGGCCCAAAAUGCGAGGGCUGUGCCUUGCAUCACAGAUCGCACUGUCCCUCUACCGGACCGAAAGUGCUGGACAACAUCAUGGCGAGGCUGAAAACUGUCUGCGACGUGUUGGAUCGUGUCUUAUGGAACAUUCGGGAUAUACGCCCCUUCUUCUUAUCCUUCGAUCUUGGGGUGAAGAUUCUGUUGAAACACGCUGACCCGCGUGGUGAGGAACGAGCUCGCAAGCUCGGGCGCGCGAGUAGCCGGGGGUCGGAGGCCCCUAUCAUAGUAUAUAACGACCGCGCGCGAUGUACAUACGCUACGCGAUUGUCCCUUACAGGCAUCGCUACGCCCGUGGACAAACGCGCCCCGCGCCAUCGCACCCUUGUUCCAACAGAUUCGGAUAUGCAGCUGUGCUCGAUUGGAUGCAGGCAUCUGUAUGCCUAG